AUGACUGUACUACCACGCUCGCUGCUUGUCACGGCAUCCGCCGUCAUCCUCUCAUUGCCGAAUAUCGUAUUUGGGCUUCCGACAGGCCUUCAGAACGUCCUCGAUAAUACCCAUAGAAGUCAAGAGUACGGAUAUCCUACAGAUUUUACCAGGGGCAUUGUACCUAUUCCAGUUCAUUCUCACAACGACUACUGGAGAGAUGUACCUUUCUACACUGCUCUCUCACAAGGAUGCAUCUCAACGGAAGCAGAUGUCUGGCUGUACAACGGUACACUCUAUGUAAGUACAAAGUCAUCAAGUGAUAGAUGUCUUCCUUCUAACAUCGAGCGGGUCGGUCAUGAUACGUCUUCUCUAACAGAAGAGAGAACCCUGGAAUCAUUGUACAUUAAUCCAAUCCUCGAUGUUCUCAAACGCCAGAAUCCUCGAUCGCGUUUUGUGACGUCUCCCACCCACAAUGGCGUGUUCGAUACUUCAGUGUCCCAAACGCUUUACUUGUUCAUUGAUGCAAAGACCAAUGGGCAUGAGACCUUCAAGGCUGUGAUUGAUGCCUUGGAACCACUGCGUGAACAUGGUUAUUUGACAGCUCUGAAGAACAACAAGACCAUCACCAACGGGCCCAUUACCGUGAUCGGCACAGGCAACACGCCCUAUGAUAUGGUUGCGCCUGUCGCAAACCGGGACUACUUUUUUGAUGCUCACCUCGAGUCCUUGAACGAGCCCGAGAAUGCCGGUAUCACAGACCUGAUCUCUCCCAUCGCGUCUACAAGCUUUGCGGAUGCCAUCGGCCCGGUUUCGGAGGGUGAUUCUGAAGCGAUAUUGACAGAGAAGCAGCUCAGCACUCUGCGCUCGCAAAUCGCGACCGCAAAGGAAAGGGGCAUUGGAGCCAGAUACUGGGAGACGCCCAGCUAUCCCAUCAGGACCCGUAAUGCGGUCUGGAGAGCUCUGCUUAAGGAGGGUGUUGCGCUCCUGAAUGCCGAUGACCUCGAGGCUGCGGCCAGUUAUUUCUGA